AUGAACGACUCUUCCCCUGUGUUGUCAGUGUGGGCCAAGAUGGCUGGAGCGGAGGAUGAACCGAUGCACCUCUACGAGGUGUUUCAGAACUGUUUUAAUAAGAUCGCGAAUAAGCAUACUGAUAAAGCCGUCUACUCCCCGGGAUACGCGGCUGAUAAUGGGAUGGGUGUUAGCGGCGGGUACGUGGGCGCGGGCGCGGUGGGCGGCGCUGGCGGGGGGCCGGACGGCGGCGCCUUCGCCCCGGACUCGCCCUACUUCCCCUUCACCAGCCCUCCCCGGCGGCCUCUCCCUCACAACGCCGCAGGGACGAAGAGGAAAAAAGACAUAGUAUCCUUUGCCUCUCCUUCUUUUUACUCUACUCCUAUUUACUGUAUUGGCCUCUCCGACUCUGGCUCUCAGCUGAACUUGCGUCCUAAUUUUUCAUUUUCGGGAAAUUUUGUAGCUUAA